GACAAAAUGGCUGCAUCUACAACCAUUGCCUUUGCAUUGAUUGCUUGUACUUUGUGCUUUAUGAGUGGCACGUCUUUGGCUCGACUCACACCUAACUUCUACUCUAAAACUUGCCCACAAGUUUUUGAGGUUGUAGGCUCAGUGGUUCGGGCUGCUGUGUCUAGAGAAAGGCGCAUGGGUGCGUCCCUCCUUCGGCUCCAUUUCCAUGAUUGUUUCGUGAACGGGUGUGACGCGUCAAUUCUACUAGACGAUACACCUACAUUCAGAGGGGAAAAAACCGCAGCACCAAAUAAUAAUUCGGUGAGGGGUUUCGAUGUGAUAGAUAUGAUCAAGUCGAACGUUGAAAGAGUUUGCCCUGGUGUUGUCUCGUGUGCUGACAUAUUAGCGAUUACCGCACUUAAAUCCGUGGUUGCUUUAGGUGGCCCAACUUGGGAGGUUAAACUAGGAAGAAGAGACUCCAAAACCGCCAGCUUCUCCGCCGCCAACGGCGGCGCCAUACCAUCACCACAAUCCUCACUAACAAACCUCAUCAACACGUUCCGAGCUGUGGGUCUCUCCGCCCACGACAUGGUGGCGCUCUCCGGAGCACACACAAUUGGACAAGCACGUUGUACAAGUUUCCGAGCCCAUGUUUACAAUGACUCCAACAUCGACUCUUUAUUCGCCAUCUUGCGUCAAUCAAACUGCCCACGUUCACCGGGUUCCGGUGACAAUAAUCUCGCACCACUUGACAUUUCAACACCCACCAGGUUCGACAACCAUUACUACAAGAACUUGAUCAUGCACCAGGGUUUGCUCCACUCUGACCAGCAGCUGCUCAGCGGUGGUUUCACUGGCUCCUUGGUGGAGCGGUAUAGUGUAAACCCGAUGAGUUUUCGUGUGGAUUUUGCGGCCGCUAUGGUGAAUAUGGGUGAUAUUCGUCCCCUCACUGGUGCUAAUGGUGAGAUCAGGAAGAACUGCAGGGUGGUUAAUUCGUAACUGUUUUGUGUUUUUAAGUAGAGAGGGAAAUAAACAAAGCUUCGUUUUUUUUUUUUUUUUUCUAUUUCUUUUAUUGAUUAACAA